AUGGAUGUGAACGAGAUAGACAAACUGACUCAGGACAAAAAAGGAUGGAGGCGAGCGGUGAAAGCACGAAUGGAGCACCUGCAUAAAUGGGAAAGGUCAAAUGCGAAAAGACAAAACGGUGAAACGACAGAAAGGAAAUCCUAUACCCCCCAAGCAACAUCGAACACCUGUGAGAUAUGUGAGAGGGAUUUCAAAAACCAGGGUGGCCUGAGAAUCCAUAUCAAAAGGAUGCACAAAGAGGCGAGGGUGACUUUUGCAUGCAACAAAUGUGGAGCUAUCUUCAAAUCUGAAAACUCGGAAAAUAACCACAAGAAGACAUGCGAGGGAGACAGGAACAAUGAAGAUGGAACCAAGACAUGUGGCAGAUGCGACAGAACCCUCCAGGCCCAAAACUUGGCACGCCACAAAAGACAGGACUGCAAGGGAAACCGGGUACCAGAACAAGAAGCAAAUGACCAACACCAUCAACCCCGCGUAUACAAACAGAAAUGGACUAUAUGUCCGAGAUGUAACGAGAGGAAAUCCGCGUCAAACUUAGCAAGGCACCUAAGGAUAUGCACCACGUCCAUGGUCAGGGGAGAGGACAUACCCUUUGAACCAGGAGGGUGA